AUACCUCUUUUUUCCGCUAUAUCAUUGUCUUCGUCUUCCACUCUCUUUCCUAAACCAGUGUUCUCUGCGCAGACACACUGAGAAAGAGAGAGAGAACAAAUAUUGGGAUAUUUGUAUUACUAUGUAGCUGCAUUUUGGUAUGAAUGCGGCGACGUUGGAAUGUUGAGGGUGGGUUCCGUUUAUUGUUGAAGAAAAUUCCGAUGGCUUCCCUUUCCUGAAUCUGAUCGGUGACGUCGGAAUGUUGAGGGUGGGUUCUAAUUUAUUUUUGAAGAUGAUCCCUCAUGGGAAUGGAAUAGUGGGGGCCCCGCCUCCCCUUGAAUGGAAAUUCUCUCAGGUUUUUGGAGAGCGAGCGGCCGGGGAAGAAGUUCAGGAAGUUGAUAUUAUAUCUGCUAUUGAAUUUGACAAAAGUGGUGAGCAUCUUGCAACUGGAGAUCGUGGAGGCCGGGUUGUUCUGUUCGAAAGGACAGAUGGAAAAGAUCAUGCCUUCAGAAAGGACAAAGAAAAGAUGGACCAUGCCAUUGCUUGGCAUCCUGAAUUUCGAUACAAGACAGAGUUCCAGAGUCAUGAACCUGAGUUUGACUACCUCAAAAGCUUGGAAAUAGAGGAGAAAAUUAAUAAAGUACGGUGGUGUCAAACAGCCAAUGGUGCUCUUUUCCUCCUAUCAACCAAUGACAAAACUAUAAAGUAUUGGAAGGUUCAAGAGAAGAAGGUGAAGAAGAUAUGCGACAUGAAUUUAGAUCCUUCAGCAUCAGUAGGAAAUAGAAGACUUGUGGGACCAAUUGGAGUAGGAACUGACUUUGUAUUUCCCCCUGGAGGAUUUCCUUCUCUACACUUACCUGUGGUACAGAUCAUUGGCCAUGAGACAAAUCUUCUUCCUAGAUGUCGAAGAGUAUAUGCACAUGCACAUGAUUAUCAUAUUAAUUCCAUUUCAAACAACAGUGAUGGUGAGACAUUCAUAUCAGCAGAUGAUUUGCGAAUAAAUUUGUGGAACUUAGAGAUAUGUAAUCAAAGUUUCAACAUUGUCGAUGUGAAGCCUGUUAAUAUGGAAGACCUCACUGAGGUUAUAACAUCUGCAGAAUUCCAUCCUACCCAUUGCAAUACAUUAGCGUACAGUAGCUCAAAGGGCACAAUACGACUUAUUGACAUGAGGCAAUCAGCUUUGUGUGACACCCAUGCUAAACUGUUUGAGGAACAUGGUACACCUGGUUCACGAUCAUUUUUCACUGAGAUAAUUACUUCAAUAUCAGAUAUUAAGUUUGGGACGGAUGGAAGACACAUAUUGAGUCGUGACUAUAUGACCCUAAAGCUUUGGGAUUUAAACAUGGAAUCUAGACCUGUUGCAACCUUCCAGGUCCACGAGUAUCUAAGGCCUAAGCUAUGUGAUCUAUAUGAAAAUGAUUCCAUCUUUGACAAAUUCGAAUGCUGUUUGAGUGGUGAUGGCCUUCAUGUUGCCACUGGUUCUUACAGCAACCUAUUUCGUGUUUUUGGCACUGUUUCUGGCAGUAAUGAGGCAACAACAUUAGAGGCCAGUAAAAAUCCUAACAGACGUCAAGCUCAGACACCUACCAAGCCUUCAAGAUCCUUCACCAGUUUGACACGUUCUCGAAGACGAGGAGCUGACGUUCUGAGUGCAGAUGCAAAUGGAGGAGUUUAUGAUUUCUCAACCAAGUUGCUCCACCUGGCAUGGCAUCCAACCUCAAAUGUUCUUGCUUGUGCUGCUGCUAAUAGCCUCUAUAUGUAUUAUGCGAAUGUUCCCCAAAAUGAUGCUCAGUGAACGAUUAUUUGCAGAAUUGGAAGAGGUGGAGUGGGUUCCGUUACUGCAUGCAAUUUGUAUCAUGAUCCGCGGCAAGCUGCUCACUUGUCUAAUUCUUUUGUAGAAAAGAUGAAAUUCUUUACUUGCUUUUUUUUUUUUCCUAUUUUCAUCCUUUUUUUGGAAGGUUUUGUUUUUCGUAAGUGUUAGGGUGGUGCAAAUAUGUUACCUCAAAAGGAGGGAAGUUGCACCCACAUUGCCUAUUCCCUGGGAACCAUGGGGAAGAGCAUGUUGUGGUAGUUGGGGGUAGGGCAUCCAUUUGGUUCGUAUCACAAGCUCUGGUAAGUUUAUACAUAUUUUGAUUACUAUGAUAAAUAGAGUUGAAAAAUGCCUGUCACAAUGUCUUUGAGCAGUUUGUGUAAAUCCAGACUAUCUAGUGAUGGAAUAAUAGUUCACUAGUUCCAUGUAUGAUUAUUUUAAAAACAUUCACUUUUCUCUGGUUGUCUAUAAAAAUUUGAAUAAAUGGUUUCAUUUAUUUUA